UGUACCACUGUCGCCCAAUCUAGCAGUAUGUAGCGUGGUGGGGGCAGUGUGAUUGACAUGAUCUGCUAUCAUUAUGCGGUCUUACUUCAAAUGAAAUGUUUUCUAAUCUAGCACUAUGCAGCGUGGUGGGGGCAGUGGGUGUGGCGGUGAGCUUCAGCGCCCGUGACUCACUGCUCGGGGCGUCCGGGGACCUCCAGACCUCGAGUGAAUACGAAGACCUUGAGAGGGAGAGGGCCGAAGAAGUUGAGAUGAGUUUGCCAAAAGUACAGCAGCUCAGUAAAGCAGAGGAGAUGGGAGAUGCCGUACCUGCAAGCGGGAAAGAGCGGAGUCGGAAGAAAGGGAAGGGCAAAAAGAAAAACAAGGUUUCAAGCCAAGCCCACACACCGAGCCAAAGACAUCACACACACACCACAAUAGAGGACCUGUGCUUCACAUCACACAGAGACUUCUGUAUCCAUGGCCACUGUCAGUUUAUGGAGGACCUGAGGGAACCUUCAUGCAUCUGUCAGAAAGGGUAUGAAGGGAAACGUUGUGCGGUCCAGCUGAUGAAGACGGGGCAUAGGGAGGUGGAUGCUGAUGUGGAAGCCUACGCCCACACGGCCCUUCUGGUCAUCGCCGUGAUGCUGUCAAUCAUCAGUUGCUCUGCGCUACUUCUCACCAUCUGUGUGCACUAUAAGACUCAGCGGCGAUUUCAGGCUGUUUUCUUUAAUCCGAGCAACGAAAAGGAAAACCCUCUGAAAAAUGACAUGAUGAUUUAGGAUCCAUGGAGGCCUAACACAUGACAUCUUCUAGCAACCCAGCAGACACAACCACUUUAUUCAAUGAUGGAUAUUUAUUUAUGUGUUUACUUAUUUAUUGACAUUGGCACUUAAGUUUAGUUGAUCUUAUAAUGUUUUAUUUAUUUCAAUAUCCAUGUAUUAAGUUACUGUAAUCCCCCCUGUGGAGCAGCUUCAUUUCAGAAUAAAAGUCCCAAGCAAAGACCAGUUUGGUUUCUUAUCUUUAGUAAUCCAUUGCGAACUGGGAAGCAUGGUUAUACACAUGACCAGCUGGUUCUCUUCCUUGUGAAAAACAUAAUUUCAGGUCAUUUGAUGCAAUGAAGACUGUUCAGUACUGUAAUUUGAAUUUAGAGU